CACAGAUGAUACUUCUUCUAACUAUACCUACAGGAUAGAGAUCCAAAGUCAUGGUUCCUCCUCUAGAAACCAGACAUCCAGUGUCACCAGAGAUUUAAACCCUGGAACCUUCUAUAAUUUCACCAUAUUUGUAGGAGUAGCUGACAGUGUUACUGAAGGAAAAGAAGUAUUUAUAAAAUGCAUUCCUGCCUUAGUGAAUUCAUUUCAGUGUGAACCGGUGGCCAAGCAAUCUAUCCUAAUGCUUAAGUGGGAAUGUCCUUCUGGUAACAAUUCUGGCUUCAAAAUUAAAAUAUUUAAUCAUACAUGGGGAAAAGAACAACAGGCUCCAUCCUGCAUGAGAGAAGGCUUAGAGGAAACCUUCAGAACAGCAUCUUUAGAUUAUUUCAGCACCUAUACUGUUACUAUUGCAACUCUUUCAAAUCGUUCUGAAAGCCUUCCAGUACAGAAAAUGUGCAAUACAAGCAUUACUGAUCCACCUGCUCCAAACAAAGCUCCUUUAGUCAAGGCAGUCAGUCACAGUUCGUUGUCUGUUGAAUUCUCUGAUUUUGAGCCAGUGAAUGGACCAUUAAAAGCCUACGCAGUAAUGAUCACAACAGAAGAACCAGGUUGUAGGUCUUUGAAGUCUGACUUGAACAACACAUACAAAGAUUUCAAGAAGAAAAUGGCAGUCGCCUAUGUAACAUAUGUUAUAGAUACAGAGCAGGCAAAAUCGCCUUCUUUCCAUUCUCAGAAUGGUACAAACAUCGUUAACGUAGGCAAGGGAAACACAAUGUAUGGCUAUGAAAAUGGACCAUUGAUUCCACUUCAUUCAUACAGGGCAAGUGUUGCAGGUUUCACUAAUAUAACCUUUUCCACGGCCAACAUCAUUGUGGGGGAACAUAGUUAUGUAUCAUUUUCACCCUGUUCUGAGGCGGUUUUGCUACCCCAGGAUCCAGGUGUUAUUGCUGGAGCUGUUAUUGGAUGCCUUUUAGCUAUAUUGGCUGUAGUUGCUAUAGGGGGUUUCAUGUUCUGGAGAAGGAGAAGGAAAGAUAAAAGAAAUACUGAAGUGUCCUUUUCUCCAAUUAAAGUCAAGAAAUCAAAAAUGAUUAAAGUGGAGAACUUUGAGUCCUACUUUAAGAAGCAGCAAGCUGACUCCAACUGUGGUUUUGCUGAAGAGUAUGAGGAACUCAAGUCUGCUGGUGUUCAUCAGCCCAAAUUUGCUGCUGAGCUUGCUGAGAACAGGGGAAAAAAUAGAUACAACAAUGUCUUACCAUAUGAUAUUUCUCGUGUUAAACUUCCAGAUCAAAGCUCUGCAGGUGAUGAUUAUAUUAACGCAAACUAUAUGCCUGGCUAUAACUCAAAGAAGGCAUUUAUUGCUGCACAGGGGCCUUUACCCAAUACCAUAGAAGACUUCUGGCGCAUGAUUUGGGAAAAGAAUAUCUACUCUAUUGUUAUGUUGACAAAAUGCGUUGAACAAGCCCGGACAAAAUGUGAACAAUACUGGCCAGACAAACAAUCCAAGAGCUAUGGUGACAUUACUGUGACAAUAGUCUCAGAGAUUGUCCUUCCAGAAUGGACGAUAAGGGACUUCACUAUACAAAAGUCCAACGCAUCAGAGAGCCACACAGUGCGCCAGUUCCAUUUCAUGUCCUGGCCAGAUCACGGAGUGCCAGAGACAACGGACCUUCUCAUCAACUUUAGACACCUUGUUCAUGAGUACAGCAGUCAAAAUCCAAUCGACUCUCCUACUCUGGUGCACUGCAGCGCUGGUGUCGGGAGGACAGGGACGUUCAUUGCCAUUGACCGCCUGAUUCAGCAGAUUGAAAUGGAGAAUACUGUGGAUGUGUAUGGAGUGGUAUAUGAUCUUCGCAUGCACCGACCUUUAAUGGUGCAAACUGAGGACCAGUACGUCUUCCUAAACCAGUGUGUUAUGGAUAUUAUUAGAUCCCAGAAAGACAAGAAAACCGAUCUUAUUUACCAAAACAUGACAGCAAUGGCAAUCUAUGAAAAUUUCACGCCUGGGCCAGCCUUCGGGAAGGCCAAUGGCUACCACGCAUAGUCUGGAAGGAAUGCAGUGUUUCCAGGAGGUGUUAUCUGCUCAUAGGAAAGGGAGAUGUUCUGCUCAUGUUUUCCGGGAUUGUGUGCAGUGUCUCACGUCUGGCUUCACCAGUUCUGUCCACAUUCUACGAUGUGAACUACAGGAGGAAAAACACAAUGCUGGCAGGAGCCGCAGAUUGAUACUUAAAAAAAGAAAAAACAAACCAAAACAAAAAAACCCAAGCAAAACU